UCUGGCAGUGUGAAGCCGUUCCCCCUGUCCAUCACCCCGUGCCCUUGCCCGGAGCCUUAAACCCCGUCCCGCUUUGGGACCCAGCUCCUCCCUCCCUUCUCGCCCUGUGGUUUGCGUUUAGCUCUCCUAUUCCCGGUGCUUCUUUCCUCCUCUCGUGCCCAUUAUUCACAUCCUCCCGCAUUAUUCACAUCCUCCCGCACGGUUUAUUCCGCCUCACGCCUCGGCCCGGCACUGCUGCCCGGCACUGCUGCCCGGCACCGAGGGCAGCGCGCUCGCCCCGUCCGCUCCCACCGCGACGCGCGCCGGGUGCCGCCCCACACUUUGGACCCUCCUCGCUUCCCGUCCGCCCCAGGGGAGCGACCGGCGGCGGAGCCGCAGCUUCACCCGGAGGAGGCGGUGGCGGGACGCGAGCCCUGAGGCGGCCGAGCCGCUUCCUCCUCCUCCUCCUCUUCCUCCCCCCCAAGAUGGCGGCGGACCCCGCGGAUCAGUUCUGCGUGGCCGAGGAGCGCAGCGGCCACUGCGCCGUGGUGGACGGCAACUUUCUCUACGUGUGGGGAGGAUACGUGUCCAUUGAAGAAAAUGAAGUGUAUCUGCCCAGUGAUGAGCUCUGGAUCUAUGACAUGGACAGUGGGCUCUGGACGAUGCACCUGAUGGAAGGGGAGUUGCCCACCUCCAUGUCGGGCAGCUGUGGCGCCAGCAUCAACGGCAGGCUCUACAUCUUCGGGGGCUUUGAUGACAGAGGAUACAGCAACAGGCUCUAUUAUGUCAACUUGAGAACAAAAACCGGAACCUACAGGUGGAAAAAAAUCACAAAUUUUAAAGGUCAACCUCCCACACCUCGGGACAAACUCUCCUGCUGGGUGUACAAAAACAGGCUGGUUUACUUUGGGGGUUACGGCUGCAGGAGGCACAACGAGCUCAGCGACUGCUUCGAUGUCCACGAUGCAUUUUGGGAAGGACAGAUAUUCUGGGGGUGGCACAAUGAUGUUCAUGUUUUUGAUACAACCACACAGACUUGGUCUCAGCCAACAAUUCGAGGUGGAGAUCCACCUCAGCCUCGAGCAGCUCACACAUGUGCUGUGCUGGGAAACAAAGGUUACAUCUUUGGAGGACGAGUGCUGCAAACCAGAAUGAAUGAUUUGCACUGCCUGAAUUUAGACACUUGGACUUGGUCUGGAAGGAUUAACAUCAGUGGAGAGAAGCCCAGGGAUCGCUCGUGGCACACGCUGACCCCCAUCGGGGAGGACAGGCUUUUCCUCUUCGGAGGGCUCAGCUCUGACAACGUUCCUCUGAGUGAUGGUUGGAUCCACAGCAUUGCAACAAAUGGAUGGAAGCAGCUCACCCAUCUGCCCAAGAGCAGGCCCAGGUUGUGGCACACAGCCUGCCUGGGGCAGGAGGGAGAAGUGAUGGUGUUUGGGGGCAGCAAGGAUGAUCUGCUCUUCAUGGACACGGGGCACUGCAGUGACUUGUUGAUAUUUCAGACUCAGCCUUAUUCCCUGCUCAGGCUGUGUCUGGACUGCAUUGGGAAGAACGCCGCUCUCUUGGAGAAGCAAAUUCCCUGUUUGCCACCCAAACUGGUGCAGGAAGUGCUGAAAAAAAUCACAUUUUGGGCAGCCAUGAGCCACAGGCAGGAGAGGAAAGCUGAGACUGAGAGGCAGAGCCAGCUGCAGAGCACCUGAGGCAGGGCCGGGAGCUGGAUUCCUGAGGGAAGCUUGACACCAAAUCCUUUCCUCGGGGAUCUCUCGUUUCCUGCGCUAUGGAAAACUGAUCCAACUCCAUUUCUAGAUAAUUGUUCACCUCUGCCCUCGUGGGUUUGGCCACGCAGCCCUCACAAGCUUUUGUUCUUUUGGAAGGGGACAUUUUGUUCUUUUGGAAGGAUCCGUUUCAGCUGGAUAAAACACGGUUUGAGUUUAAAACCCCUCCUUGGCCUUAACCCCCAAAAAGAUAACUUCACCUCGGUGUCUUGGGGAUGUUCACACUUUUUCAGUCUUAAAGGUAACAAAUUUACCACCCUCAAAUGUUGACCCAAAUCCAACCCUGGAGCCUCACACCUCACACUCCAAAUAGGAAAAUCCAUCUGGGAAUUGUGGAACUUGGAAGAAAAAGCUGCCACAGCACCCGGUCUCUGUCAGAAAACUUCAGUUCAUCACCUGGUUUUACUGUUUCUGUCACCAGGAAAUCCUUUUGGAAAUAAGUUGUAUAUUGUAUUUUGGAUGUGCAAAGUUUAUAUUUCAUUCUUGUUAAAAAAACAACAACAACAAAGUUGUUUAUUUAUUGUUUAAAAAAAAAGCAGAUGUAGUACUGGUUAUUUUUCUGUUUCAAAUAUUUACUUAACAGGAGCACAGUCAUUAAAAUUUUAUAGAGAGUUGAA